CCCUGCACAGAGGAGAAUCCUCUCGGGCCUCUGCUUCUGGGAUUCCACGUGUGGGCUUGGACCAUUGCUGUAUGCUCUGUCUGGGCCUCCGACCUCCAGCCUGAACCCACUUCCCUGAUCAUGUCAGGCUCUUCUCCUGAACGUGUUGUAGAAUCCUGGCUCCUACAAAUACAAUUCCUGCAAACAUAUCCACCGGCUCAGACGAAAAGAAACCUCUUCCUCCCUUGGAAAUAACUCAGAAGCCCUCCUGCCAGGGGACUCGGGCCUUGGAAGGCUGGUGGCUCUCGCCUUGCAGCUCCUGGUUAUCCUUCCUGCUGGCCGGAGGGCAGCCAGCAGCUGCUGUCCAGAGCCUCGGCAUGGACGGAUGGAGCCAGGUGGAGGAUGGAGGUCCUGAGGCUACAAGCCAGAGGCUGGGACCGAGCCCAGCAGAGCAGAACCCCGGCGGCUCCCAGCUGCGGCUCCUCCUGCUGGGGAAACAGGGCGCGGGAAAGAGUGCCACUGGGAACACGAUUCUGGGCAGAGCUGUGUUCGAGUCCAGGUUCAGCGAUCGGAUGGUGACGAAGGUGUGUCAGGGAGAGAGUGGAACGGCGGCGGGCAAGGGGGUGGUGGUCAUCGACACCCCUGCCCUCUUCUCUGCACUGGCCAGUGCUCCCGACCGGCAGCAGACGGCGCGACAGUGCCUGGAGCUCGCUGCCCCCUGCGUCCACGCGCUGCUGCUGGUCAUCACCCUCGGCUACUACACGGUGGAAGAUGAGGGCACCUUUGAGGGCAUCCGGGACGUGUUUGGAGCGGACGCCUUCAGGAACGUCAUCGUUCUCUUCACGCGGAAGGAUGACCUGGGGGAUGAGCUCCUGCAGGAUUACAUCGACAGCAAGCAGUCCCUCAGGGAGCUGGUCCGACAGGUCAGCGGUCGGGUCUGUGCUUUCAACAACAAGGCGCAGGGCGCUGAGCGCCACUCCCAGGUGUCGGAGCUCUUCUGCAAGAUAGAGGAUCUGCUGCUGAAGACCAGCGGGCUGAGCUGCGAGAACUUGAAGAUGGCAGGCAGUGAAUUCCAGGAUUGUGUGAAUAAAGCUACAUGUCAAGCAGGAGCUGGUCCAUGUGAUCCGGGAGACGGACCACUGCAGGCGUCAGGACCUGAGCAGGACCCUGGGUUGCUGGACUUUCAGGUUCUCCUCGUGGGGAGGCAGGGCUCUGGAAAGAGCACAGUGGGAAACAGCAUUCUGGAGAAGCAGGUGUUUAAGACUCAAUUCAGCCAGCAGUCAGUAACCCAGCAUUGUGCGUGUGAGAGCAGGAUCUGGAGAGAGAAGAAAGUUCUGGUCAUUGAUGCUCCAGAGCUCUCAGCUUCAGAGUCUGCUGCGUCUCAGCUUAGGAAAAGCAUGGCUGCCGGCCCCCAUGCCUUCCUGCUGGUGACACCACUGGGUUCUUUUGGCCAGAGGGACAUGGAGGUGCUACAAGCCAUCAAACGCCAGUUUGGAGACAAAUACAUUAAAUACAUGAUCAUUCUCCUCACUAGGAAAGAAGAUUUACAGGGAGAAGACCUAAAUACACACUUAAGCAAGAACAAAGCUCUGUGUGAACUCAUUGAGAAAUGUGAACACAGAUACAGAAUCUUCGACCACUGGGCAAUGCCAGGGGAGAAGCAGAGUCAGGUGGACGAGCUCCUGCUUCAAGUGGAGAGUGUAGCGCAAGAGAACGGGGGCAGGCCUUGCGUCUUCAGAGAGAAAGAAACCCUGAGCCUGGUCCUCGUAGGGAGAAGUGGGACGGGCAAGAGCGCAACGGGGAACACCAUCCUAGGGAGAUCCGUCUUCCUGUCACAGCUCCGUGCCCAGCCGGUCACCCGGACAUGCCAGAGUGGCAGGACGGCAUUUGACUGGCAGGAGGUUGUGGUUGUGGACACGCCGCUGUUCACCCAGAUUCCUGGUGUGGAGAAAGAUCCAUCCUGGUUAGAGAAGGAGGUGGAACGCUGUUGGGCUCUUUGUGAAGAAGGAACUAAGAUUCUUGUGCUGGUGUUCCAGCUGGGGCGGUUCACCAAGGCGGACGAGGCAGCGGUGGCGCAGCUGGAAGCCAUCUUUGGGAGUGAUGUCCUGCAGUUCACCAUCCUGCUUUUCACUCGGAAAGAGGACCUCGGGAGCGAGACGUUUGAAGAUUACAUCCAGAAGACAAAUAACAAAGGCCUGAAGAAAAUAGUUAAAAAGUGUAGGGGGCGAGUGUGUGCUUUUAACAACAGACAGACUGACCGAUCCCAGGACACCCAGGUGAAAGAUCUUUUGACAAUGGCCAAUGAGCUGAAAAAGAGCCAUGAUGAGCAAGGGUAUCCCUAUCCAUUGGAGAAAGUCAGACAGUAUAUUAAAAGUGUGCAGGUAAAGGAUGGUUUCAGACAGUUUUUUAGUAAUUUAAAAGGCAGGUAGCUGGAAGGCCUGAGGUCUGGGGAAGCUCAGAACAUUGUCUGCUCGUGAGGAGGGGGUGGCAGGUUGGCUUCAAUGGUAGGAAGGUGUGCGGCUCUGAAGGCUACAGAGGCAAACACAUCUCACCUUGCGAUGCUGUGGCUAUUUUAGGUAAAUAAAUGGCUGGACUAUAGCCAGCUAUAUUAGAGUCGAAUCACAAAAAUCCCUCAGUAAUGUAUCAGUGUAGGAAAGAUGGAGUCAGAAUGGGCACUUUGUGUAAGUUCCACGUCAGCAUGGGGCCAGAAUAAAGACAGUUUCACUCUGGAUGCUGGUGGCUCACGCCUGUCAUCCUAGCUGCCCAGGAGGCUGAGAUCUGAGGAUCACAGUUCAAAGCCA